UACGGGCUAGACCCAAAUUACCAGUGGCUAUGCCUAACCCACAGCUUCUACCCAUUUUAUUGUCUGCAAUCUGCUCCUCCUUUAUUCAAUGCCGUCAUGCCCAUACCUUCCCUACUUAAUUCUGUUAGUUUUCCGCUCAUCUACUUUACCCACACUCCUCUCUCUCUCUCUCUCCAUAAAUUCAAUGCUCUUCUCUCUUUUUCUUCAUAAACUUCUUUCUUUGUCUUUAGUCUUUAUAACUAUACUCAAUUUGACCCAACUCUUCUUCCAUCUCCAACAUGGAAUGCUGUAUAAUCAAUAAGCUCAAAACUCAACCUUUUUGGUUCAUCGUGCUCUUCGUUCUCGGUCUCUUCACGAUUCUGAGAUUCGCUUUCCUUUUCCUCAGAUGGGUAUACGUCAAUUUCCUCAGGGCUCCCAAAAACCUCAAAAAGUACGGAUCUUGGGCUAUCGUUACUGGACCCACUGAUGGCAUUGGAAAAUCCUUCGCCUUUGAGCUUUCUCGCAAGGGUUUGAAUCUGGUCUUGGUGGGUCGGAACCCCGACAAAUUAAGGGACGUGUCGGAUUCGAUUCGUGCCAAGUUCGGAAAAACCGAGGUUAAGACCGUUGUCGUUGAUUUCGCCGGCGACCUCAACGAGGGUGUGUCGAGGAUUCGCGAAGCAAUCGAGGGGUUGGAUGUUGGGGUGCUGAUUAACAACGUUGGAAUCUCGUACCCUUACGCGAGGUUCUUCCAUGAAGUGGACGAGGAGCUUCUCAAGAAUCUGAUUAAGGUGAAUAUCGAGGGAACUACUAAGGUUACUCAAGCUGUUCUUCCUGGGAUGCUUAAGAGAAAGAAGGGAGCAAUUGUUAACAUUGGUUCUGGUGCCGCUAUUGUGAUUCCUUCUGAUCCUCUUUAUGCUGUUUAUGCCGCAACCAAAGCGUACAUCGAUCAAUUCUCCAGAUGUCUUUAUGUUGAAUACAAGAAGAGUGGGAUUGACGUGCAGUGUCAGGUUCCACUAUAUGUGGCAACGAAGAUGGCAUCAAUCAAGAGAUCUUCAUUCUUUGUUCCAUCAACAGAUGGGUAUGCAAAAGCAGGUGUGAGAUGGAUAGGCUAUGAGCCUCGUUGCACACCAUACUGGCCCCAUACCAUUCUUUGGGCCAUUGCACGCUCAUUGCCUGAGUCUAUUGUUGAUGCUUGGCGUCUGAGGUUUUGCUUGGGUAUUCGAAAGAGGGGUCAACUCAAAGAUUCAAGGAAGAAAGAAUAAAAGGAGCCAUAGAUGUUACUGAUACAUUACUAGAUUAAGAUUCCAAGUACCUGCUAUGUUUCUGAAUUUCAUACUACUUUUGCUAGUCUUUAUGAGUUUCAAUUGUGUGGCCUAUUCUUUUUCCUCUCCCAUCUUUGGGUGUUGUUUCUGUUCUCUGUUCUAGGAUGUUUGAACUCAUGAAUUGGUAUAAUCCCUUAACUCUCUUUUCUCAGGUGUGUUAUUCCUUCCUUUUUCUAGUCUAAGGAUACUUGGA